CUCAAACGCGCGAGGCGACACAGGGAAAGGGAAGUGAGCCAAAGCCUCUGAGGCUUUGCCUGCCGCCUUUUUGGUGUGAGUUUCCACAUCCAGGUACUAGUCCACCAGUGACCCUGGACAGUAACAAAACAUAAAAAGUCCGAACCCACCUCCCGCCACCAGCAUAGUGUAUUAAGUGGGAAAGAAGAAUGGAAGUCUCUUGUUCUCAUGAGUCUUGCGUGGAUGUUUCCAUCGUGGAGAUGCAUCUUUUAUCACUGUGAAGCUCCGCGCUCUGGAAUCUGACAGACGUCGUCUACCCUUGUGCUUCAGUUUUGUUACUUGGAAGGUGCUGUAGCUCUUUUGGAAAUCAGUAAACCAUGGCAUCUAAGAAGUUUGCCAUUAAAUGUGGAAAUUUUGCUGUCCUCGUGGAUCUUCAUAUAGUGCCGCAAGGUCCAAACAAAGAUUCCAGUUGGUUUUCAGAGCAGAAGAAAGAGGAAGUUUGUUUGCUGUUAAAAGAAACCAUUGAUUCCAGAGUUAAGGAGUACGUGGGCAUUUAUAAACAGCACAGGCCAUCAAAUGCAGAAUUCACAAGAUCCAGUCCCUUGUCCUUAAAAGGUUAUGGCUUUCAGAUCUCAGCCUAUUUCAUCAAGAGAGGGAUACGCCUUCGCUGUAUUCAGAGCUCCCAGAACACUGAACUUCAUAUAUUUCCUGACAGAUUUGUGGUCUGUGUUAGUCAACUUGCGUUCGGUCCUGAUACUUGGGCAAGCCAGAAUGAAAAAUCGACAAAAAGAACCCUCCACGGACUGUCUGACUAUUUCGCUGGGUGUGCACAGAGUUCACCUUCUCCUGGUAGAAAGCUCAAGAAAAACACUCUACAAGAAAUUGUGAGAAAAACUGAAGCAAAACGCAGCGCCAAGAGCAAAUCACAGGCCAGCACGGACCUUGUGGGAAGAUCUACUGAUUCGGUCAUUACUGUGGUACCAAGGAGGAGGGAUGCCUCUGCCAUUCUCUUGUCAGAAUCCAUGGGUCAAGCACAGGAUGACAUAAAAGCAGCCAAGAGCCACCGGGGACUUCCUGUUCAAAAGCUGGAAAAUGUUUCCCAGACUGAGCCAGAAGACACUAGCAGCCAGCAACAACCUCAUCCUGGGGAGUGGCUAAAGUCGGGGCUUCUAAGCAGGAGCCCUAUGUGUAGCUAUGAGUCAGCAUCACCAGGUCCAAAGCAAAGUCCACGAGCAGCCAAGACACAACAGAAACGCAGGAACUGCGGCUCUGCGGAAGACUCUGACCACCGCAGGAGAGUUUCUCUUGGAAAUGAUGGAUUAGCCCCAGGAGACGUGAUGGUGGGAAAGAGCACAGCUGUCAGUGUUUUGCCAGCGUUAGAGUUGUCAGAUCCAGGGUUGCUUUUGAAUCAGGAUUUGGCAAAAGCCACGGCUAAAGAAGAGCUACAUGCUUUGGAAAAUCUCUCCUCCAGACACCUUAUGACCAACAUCCCAGGGCAGGCACAGCAAGCCACCCCGGCUGCAGCUGACGAAAGAUUAGCGACAGUUGAAGGCGGCCCAAGCAAAAAAAGAAAGAAAUUGCAAAGUUCUAGCAGAGGAUGUAGUGGCAAGAAAACUUUGAAUGUGUAGUUCCCGGGAUUUGGAAAGAAUUGGGGUAAUCUCUCUAAAUAAACAGAUGUUUAGAGGCUGGAGGACUGUCUCAGUUUUUAGGAGCACUUACUGCUCUUGCAGAGGACCUAGGUUGGCUUCCAAGCAUCCACAAGGUGACUCAGAAGCAUCACGAACUCUAGAUCCAGGAGACACAACACCCACUUUUGGCCCCCAUGGGCACCGGGCAUGCACAUGGUAUGUAUACACACAAGCAGGCAAAAUACACAUACACAUGAGAUAAAUCUUUUUUAAAAAGCUGUUUGUGUUGGGAUUAGACUUCACAGUCACCUCCUGGAGGCUGUUUUUCUAAUAGGCGUGUUACUUUCUCAUCAUGUUUAUAACUGUCUCCAGAAAACACUGUGUUGACAAAGAGCCCUCUACUUGUCAAGGUAUAUAGGGCCCCGUGGAGAAGCCAGUAAGGUAGGGUUUUCUCACCGCAUCACUAUGGAGACCUCCUGAUGGGAUACAGAGAGAUGGUGCCCUACGCUGCCAGCCAGCUCUUGUGCUCCAGUCCUCUUGCUCCUCAAACUGAGUACAUGGCAGUGAAAAUAGGCUAGUGGUUCUCAGCGCUGUGGUUCUAUGCGAAAUGCAGGUUUUGGAGUCUGAGAGGAACUAUGAUUCUGAAAUAACACUAAAACUGACAAUUCCCUAGGAAUUAUUUCCUCCAGCCUUGCCACCGCGGCUUCCAUCAACUGGGGCCACAUGUGGACACGUACAGCCCUGUGCUCCCUCGGACUUGUGAAGUAUUUAGAUUGUGUGAGUCACUUAAUUCCCAGGUUCUGCUGCAGGAUGGAGACAGCGCUUAGGGAGCUGGUUAGCUGUAGUUGCCAGAAAUGCACAGGUAAUUCAUCUCAGCCUUAUGUGAAGACAUGGAAGAGGUGUGUUCUGUGUGACGCAGGUCUGACCCUGUCCUUGUUCACACCUCUAAUAUUCCAGAUACAGUAAGGACAGACCAGAACCCAUUCCAGUUCCAAGUUGGAAAAAUUCACAGGGCAUUUACAUAUUCUUUUUGGUUGUAUAGCCUGCUCUCAAGAAAGACAAGAAACCUAAGUUAUCUGCCUGGAAAUUUCAUCUGAUCAUCCCAGCCUCAAAGGACCAGAAACCACUUGCUGUUGUUCCUUUCCUUUCCCUUCCUGCCUAGCUUUUUUUUCUUGAGAGAUAAUCCCCAACUACUGAAUCCUCAAUGGAAGUCUGAGUAGCCCCUAUUAUACACCAAGAAGCAGCUUGCUCAGAAAGAUCCUAAAGUCAAAGCCAGUCCUAUCAGAAUGAUGGGCUCCAAAACUAAGAUAUUCUGACCUGGAAUCAACAGGGUUUUACUUGUUUAAUAGUUAAGGUCAGACUCAGUCCUUAAUUGUACUUCAAUGAAGGAUUUGCUUUCAAGAAAUGUUUUGUUUUUCAAAUCUGUUAUUGUAGGAAAUAACGAUUAUUGUGACUAGUGAGAAAAAAUAGUACGUUUGGUUUGUACAUAGAUGUGGUCUUUUACACAGUCUUCUUGCACAAUGGAUUUUAACAGGAUUAGCAGGGAAUGGCUCUGGGCUCCCAUAAGUGGCAUAUGUUUAAGGAUAUGCCUUUAAGGAUUUUGCCUUUAAGCAUUUUCCUUCGGUGUAUCUGAAACACCUCUACAUCUCUUGUUUCUUGAAUGGUUUUAUAAUUCUUUGAAUAUAUGGACAAAGGGGAAAAUUAGUCCCAAGUGUUUUGUUAAUCAUCAUAUGGUAUAUUAAAUAUUGUCUACUGUU